UCUCUGAAAUUUUUACAUUCUCAUUCUACUAGUUUACUUUCAGAAUUGUGUUUUUGAUAUACAAUUGUAAAAUACAUUUUUUACGGACCAGGUCAAGAUCCGAAUGUUGUUUCUCUAAGAUUAGGGGGGUUUUGAGGGAGGAAAUGAUCAAAAUGGUCCCUAAUGUAUAAGGGUUGGACUAUUUUGGUCCUUGAUAUACACCCCUUAAUGGUAAUAGCCCUUAAUGUAUGUAAAAAGUGGAUGUUUAUGAUCUUAUGCCCUAAAACUAACAGUUCCUCCUCAUGUAUCCGUUAAACUUAAUGGAUUCAAAGCACAAGAAUCCCCACCUUCGAUUCCCAGAAAGUUGAGGAUCAGAUGGGACUUCAUUUUUUCUCGGACAAAACUCAAUUCACAUGGCUGCAAAAUACCACGAGUGCAGGCCAUCCGAGAAUUUGCCAAGACAAUGGGUUGGAUAUUUCAGUUCUCGAUUUUGUUACUUGAAGAAGUUAGAAAAUAGCUAAAGAAAGAUCAUGUUUUCCACCUGAAAAUUCCCCCAAAGCUGAUUUGAGUUAUAAAUAUCAGCAUCCCCAUCCUUUCUUGGGAACCGAAGGUUCCUCAUUCCCAAUUUUUGCUCAUAUGUUGAGCUUAUCUUUUUCUUUAUUUUUUUUGCUCCUUUCUAUGGCUCGAUAAGUAUAUGUACGCGUAGCUUUCAUCAUUAUUUCCAGCUUCCUGUUUAUUAUAUGAAAUGUGGUUUAUUCACUUUUUUCAAUUGUCAAAUGGAAGAGCACAGGAAAUAAAUUGCACCUACAAUUGUGGGGGUUCUUUUUUUCAAUUUUUUAGUUGGGAUUUCCUUCACCCCUUUAUAUUUAUAUUCAUUUAUACAUGCAACAAUUUAUCUUUGCCAAUUGAUUCUUGCUAUUUGUGUACACUGUGUUUCUGAAAAUCACUAAUGUAUCAUGUACGGGUGUCUAGAGGAAGAAGAAGAAAAGAAAAUUAGUAAAGUGAAGAGGAGUGCAGUAGGUAAGUGAAGAAAGGAGAGAGAAAUGGAGUUUGUGGGCCGCACAGUCUGUCAACUACACUAAUAAGAAUCGACAACAAAUGUAUCUACACCGUUAAGUUUAACUUUUGUACCGUUAGUUUUAGGGCAUGAGACCAAAAACAUCCACUCUUUACAUACUUUAAGGACCAUUUCCAUUAAGGGGCAUAUAUCAAGGACCAAAACAGUCCAACUCUUAUACAUUAAGGACUAUUUUGAUUAUUUCCUCGGUUUUGAGGUAACAAGAAGAAUGGAAAAAUAAAUUGGAUACUUCUAAGAGAAAAAUAGUGAAUUUGGGUUAAUUUUUUUUAAUUACCAUGAGAUAUAGGGAAGAAUGAAAGACUUGAUUUUUCAGUUGCAAUUAUGUUUUCCUUAAGAGGAAAUAUAAUUAAUUGAAUAGAAGAGGUAGUUGUGAACUAUGUUUCCCCUUCAUUUUGUUUUCAUUUUUAAUUACAAAAGAAUGAUAAAGAUCAGUGGUAAACUUGUAGAUAGGAAAACAUGAGGAAGAUCCCAUUCAUUUGUUAAUUAUCAGCUGCUAGUAAAACACGAGGAAAGUUCAUGGUCUUUUUAGGAUUUUUGUGUUUUUCUCUAUUGGUUUCAAUAUUUAACAUUUUUUUCAUUGUUUCAUCAGCCAUGAGUUGAGGAAAAUGGUUCUUUUCUAUGGGCAAAAUUAGGCAAACGGGUGAUUAUGUGCCUAGUAGACUAGUAACUUGUAUGGUGCAUCGUGCAUGUGCAAAAAUCAUUGUUUUUCUGGGGAUAAUAUCUGGAACUUUAGUGUUCGUCUUCUCUUUAUGGUGGAAGAGUUGGAGGAUAUUUCAUUUCAUUUUCUUAGUCAAAUUCACGUAUGAAUGACUGUCUGGUUUGCAUCUGAUCUUUUGCUACGAAAGAAUGUGUGAAUGCACUUAAUUGGAAUUUGGUAAAUAGUUCUUCUGUUUCAGGAGGAUGAGAGGAUAUCUUGGAUGAAGGUGAUGUGAAGAGGAAAAGUAAACACUUUGAUGGAGAGGAGGAGCGAGUAACAAAGAAAAUGAGAGUUGUGGAGGAUGAGGAUGAGGAUGAGAUAGAACGAAAGAGAAGCAGGAGCAAGAGGAAGAGGAGGAGGAGGAAGAGAAGAGGGAAGCAAAGGUAAUGAAAGUUGAGGAGGAGGAGGAAGACAAGGAGGAAAAGGUGAGGGCAUUAUUAUCAUCUCCAUCUUUGUCACCACCAACUGAAGUUGAUUGUGCAUCUUCACCUCCAAGGAUGAGUCUGAAUAUCAUGGAUAAUAAUAAUAACAGUGAUGCCAGUACAAGCAGCGACAUGAGGCAGGUUCCAAGUAGGAUAGAGACUGGGAUUCUCAGCAAAGUCCCUCCAGAAUUGCUCCGUCACAUCCUCAAGUUCCUUUCACCAGAGGAUCUUGUGGCAUGUUCAUUGGUCUGCAAGUUCUUAAAUUUUGCUGCUUCUGAUGAAUCCCUGUGGCGCUGGCUGUACUGCAUGCGAUGGGGUCUGCUGCUCCCAACAAGAAAGCCACGAGAAUGUGCUUGGAAGAAACUUUACAUCCAGCGUGAUGCAGAGGAUAUGAUGGAGUUUGUCAGGAAUACUCCUAAGGAAUUUAAGGAGUAUUGUAUCCAAAUGCAGGCAGCAAAAAGAAGCCAAGCUCCUCUUCCUUCUCAGAUAAAUGAUGACCGAAUAAUUCUUGAUAAAACGGUUGCUGAUCAAGUCUCUAUGUGGAAGAAAAGCAAAGGUCUGGGUGAUAAAGUGGUGAUUGAUCAUUCGUGCUCUGGGGAGACGUGCAAUUACUAUCAAAUAGGAGAUGUAUAUGUUUGUGAGAAAACUGGACACGUCCAUGUUUGUGAUGACACGUGUAGGGAAGUUGUACCUGAUCCCCCAAAUGGUCUUCUGGUGUGUACCAUUUCAGGCCACUGUUUUGAAAGGAUGUUGUCACCUUCCGAAAUGGAACAAGAUGGGGAGCAGCAACAAGGUGGCACUACAGAUGAAGCGGAGCCAUUCAUGGGAUCGGGUCGUUUUGCUCGAGCUUAUUUAUUGGGAUACAACUAUGAUGACGAGAAGGAACUAUGACUGUCCAACGGGAUGGGACAAAAUUAACGGGACAGGACGAAACGGGACAAAACGGUCGUCCCACCCGUCCCGCUAACAAACGGGACGGAACGGGAUGGGACAAGACGGGACGGGUUCGUGGGCCUUAAGUGUAUUUUUUUUUUAAAAAAACGUCUAGUUUUUUGAAAAUUAUUAUGUUUUUAAAGUUUGCAACGGCUAGAUUUUUGACUUAUUUAAUAAACUUAAAUGUUAUUAUGUUAAA